AUGACACCAAUUGAAAAACUUGAAGAAGAAGUUCGUGAAUUAAAAUAUCAACAAGAUCAUCCUUUAUUUGAUUAUCCGGGUAAAAUUAGUGAAUUAGAAGAAGAUAUUGUUCAAAAACAUCGUUUAAUUACUGAUCUUGAAUUUCAAUUAGAACGUGUAAAUAAAACUCUUCACGAUAAUCAAAUUGAAUAUAGUAAUAAAAUUGAAAAAUAUCAAAAUCAAAGUGUUGAAUUAGAACAACGAUUACAACAAUUAUCACAAGAAGAAUUAACAAUACGUUUAAAUUUACAAAUUAAGUGUGACGAACUUCAACAUUUCAUUGAUUCAAAAGAUCAAUUGAUAGAAAAUUAUUUAAAAACUAUUGAAGAAAACGAACAACAAAUCAAUAAAUUAUUACAAAUUUCUAAAAAAAAUAAUACUAGUGAUUCAAUUAUUCAAACAUUAAGACAUGAAAUAAGUGUCAAAGAAGAACGAAUCGAGCAAAUAUUAAAUGAAAAAUUGGAAAUAACAAAUGAUUUACAACGUCAAAUUACUGAAUUAAAACGAAUAUUAACAGAUCGUAUAGAAGAAUUAGAAACAGUUAAUAAAUCAUUAGAAUUAGCAGAAGCACGAUUUGAUGCUUCUCAACGAGAACUAUACGAUUUACAAAAUAUUCCUGAACAAAUAAAUCUUAGUGUUAAUAUUACAUGUGAUGAAAAUGAUGCAACCAAACCAGACGAAACAGAUUUUAUUAUUGAACAAUUAAAAAAUCAAUUAGAAAUGACACAACAAGUAAUGUUAUUUCAAUUUUCGAUACUAAUGCCAAUACAAUCAUCCACCGAUCAUGAAGAUCGAUAUCAAACAAUUAUUGACGAUUUGAAAAGAAAACUACAAGUGAGAGAAGGUACAAUUCAGAGACGAAAACGUCGUGCUGCUAUAGCUCAAAAUUUACAACAGACUCUAGCUGUAACAAAUGAUGACCUUAAACAACUACGAAAAACAAACAAUGAUUUACAAAAUGAAUAUAAUCGCACACAAUUUGAAUUAGAUACUAUUGAGAAGAAAUUUUCGACUGAUAUCGAUGAACGUGAUUUUCAAAUAAAUCAAUUAAAAAAGAAGGUUCAGGAACAAGACAAUAAAUUAAAUACAUUUUAUGAAAAUGAUGCGCCAAAAGAAACGGAUAUUAACCGUUUAAGAACAGAAAUUAUAAGUUUAGAACACGAAGCAAAGAAAAAAGUACCAUCUGCUGAAGUUACCCGUGAUAUUUCGAGUAAUUUACGAUUAGAAGUUCAACGAAGAGACGAUGUAUAUAAUGACGAUACAUCAAUUCAUCGAGCUGAACCAGCUCAAGUUCAAGAACGUUCACCACUUUCUCCACGCUACACAAAUUUAAGCCGUGAAGAAUUAUUAUAUGAAUUACAAAUGUGUCUUAUGGAUAAUGAAACAUUAAUGAAUCAACUUUCAAAAAAAUCUCCGAGUAUAACAGAAUUACAUAAUCAAUUAUUUGCUGUACGAAAAGAAUUAGCUCGUUCUAAAUAUGUUAAUCAAGUAUUAUGGCGAAAAUUAGAUGCUCUUGAAGCUAUUCAUGGUUCACAACAAACACGUGCCGAAUUAGCCAUAGAAUUAUCACAAUAUAAAGAUGAAUUAGAGUCAACAAAAGCAAAACAUCAACGUAUUCAAGAUACACGUUCGGCAUUAACUCAAAGUUCACGAUCAUCAUCAGAACAGAAUAUAAGCACAAUUCAACAUUAUAAUUCUUCUCAAUGUAGUAAUGAACCAUCAAAAAAUAUUAAAUCCACAAUUGCAUUAUUAGAUAAAACAAAUCAUGAAUGGCAAAUUAAAUAUAAAAAUCUUAAGGAUCAAUUGAGUCGAAAUGAAAAUAUCUCACGAACAUAUCAGAAAGAAAUUCAACGAUAUCAACGUCUAUUACAUGAUGCCGGUUUACAUCAAUCUGUUCGAAAACGUCGUUAUAGUGCAAGUGAUUUGGAUAAUCCUGUCCGAAUAGAUUCGCAAAAAUUUAUAAUAGAUGAAAGUAACGAUCAUUUAUUGAAUCAUUAUGGUAAUACAAAUCAAAUUGAUGUAUUACAUGAACAUAUAAAAGAAUUAAAAAAUAUGGUACAAAGUCAUCAAAAAUACAUUCAACAAUUACAAACACGUAUAAGAAUAAAUGCACCUGAAAUUAUUCAUUCACGACCAUUAGAAAAAGAAAUGGAAAAAUUAAAUGAUAUAAAUAAACAAUUACAAUCAACAAAUAUAAUGUAUAAAAAUGAACUUGAAUUAGUAAAACGUGAAUUUAAACAAUUGUAUAAUGAUUUUGAACAUACACGUUUACAAUUGAAUGAAUGUAAUACUAUUAUAGAUGAACAACGGAAACAAAAUGAAAUUUUAAAAGAAAAAUUAACAAAUACCUCUCAUUUAUCUGAUGUAUAUAAUAAUAAUAAUAAUAAUAAUAAAGACGGUAUUCGUACUUCAUUUGAAAUAGAUCAGUCUACAAAUGAUUCACCACAAGAACAUAUUGUCAAUUUGAGUAUUGAUAUCAUUACAACUGAUGAAAGAGAACAGUCUAAUCAACAAACAUCAUUAUUUAAACGUGAUAGUGGUUUAGAAAGUGUUACAAUGGCGAGUACAAAGUCAACAGUGACUGAAGAUAUUCAACGAAAAUUGGGACGAAAAGAUGAACAGAUACAAGAGUUGAGUGAUGAACUCUAUAGUUCAAAACAAAUUAUACAAGUUCGUGAUGAUGAAAUUCGUCAAUAUCGUUUAAAAAUUGAACAACAAUUAAAAACAGCUGAGAUAGAAAAUGAAUUACGUCGUCAAUUGACUGCAGCACGACAACAAAUUGAAGAAUCAAAAUUAAUUAAUGAACAAUAUCGUCAAAAAAUUACAACAUUAAACAAUCGAAUUAAUGAUAUGAAAAUAAAUGAUGAUGUAUUAAAUGCUAUUAAGAAUCAAUUAGAAAAUGCACAUGAACAAAAUCAAGGAUUACGUAGUGAAACAAAAUUAUUACAAAAUGAACAAAAUAAUAAUAAAACAUUAAUUGAACAUUAUAAACAACAAAUAGACAUUUUGGAGAAGAAAGUUCGAAGUGUUGGUGUAUCACCAACUAAUGGAAUGGCCAUUCGAACAACAGAAAUGGCUGAGUUAUUAAAUGAAAUGAGACGUUUACGAACAGAUCUUGAACGUAGUAUAAUGAAACAAAACGAGUUACAAAUAAUGUUAGAUGAAAAUAUGAAACAAUCUCGAACACCAAGAGAAUUUACUUUCUCAGGAAAAGGUGUAUCACAUCCUGAUCUUCGUAUAAUUGAUGGCUCCAGUAUGUUUGGUGAUAUACAACAUUUAGGUUCUCCACCAACAAAACUAGAUGAUAAACGUACAAGACCCAUUGGAUCAUCAUCAACUGAAAUUAAUCAAGAACAAGAAUUGAUAUUGGGUAAAAUGUAUAUGGUAAGUGAAUUAGAGAAUCAUACAGCAUUAAGACAAAUGAUAGCCGAUAUUAAAAUUGAAUUAAAAUCAAUAGAAUUAAAAUUAAAAGAAAAAUUGAAAUCAAAAAUAAAAACUAAUGAUACAGAUUGGUUAGAAAAUCGUUUUGAUACCGUAAAACAAUGUUUACAACGACUUGAACAAUGUUAUCAAUUAGUUGAACAUUAUUGGAAAGCUUAUUUACCUGUUAAAGAUAAAUACAAUGAACAUCCAUUUCAUGAUCAUAGAUUGAUAAAUGAGAAUAAAGAAUUAAAAUUAGCCAUAGCAAAAAAUAAUCGUGAAAUACAACGUUUAAGACAAAAAUGUAAAGAACAAUCAAAUUAUGUUGAAGAAGCAUUAAUACAAUUAACCGUAUUUCGACCAACAUUAGAUGUCUUAACAAAAGCACGAACAAAUAUUGAACAUCAUUUACAAGAUACUCAUCAUCAUCAAAAACCAACAACAAUACAUCAUAAAGAAAAACAUCAACGAUAUACAUAA